AUGCUAUGUGGCGCCAGUCUCAAUUUCUAUCGGACGUUGGCCCGGAAAUACGGACAUGAACUUAAGCGCGCUAUGUCCGACGCUCCUCCUCCUCCUCCUGCGGCCCAGCCUGGAUCCAUCACUGUCCCUCUCCCUCCUGGGAUGACUGUGGAUCAAUUCCUGGCCCUCCAAAAAGUAGUCGUAAAUCUGGCUAUUGCUAUGGCGGUCGCAGUUGGAAUCAUUAUCUGGGAUUUCGUCUCAAUGAUCCCUACAGAGCGAGAGCUCUACCGCGACAAGGACAGAAAGCAAUGGAAAGCACCUGCAACCUGGGCGUUCAUGGUGCUGCGCUACGCCGGAAUCCUCGCGCUGUUCCCCGGCCUGUUCUUUACUUCAAUACAGAAUGACCACUGCCAAGUCACCGCCUCGGUUAGCCAAGUUGGCGUCAUUCUCGUUACGGGUUCUGCAGGUGUUAUCUUUGCAUACCGAGUGUUUGCAAUCUGGCGCUUCAACAAAUUCGUCGUAGGUGGUGUUUCGUUCCUGUGGGUGUUUACAGUCGCUUCAUGGAUUGCAGCAGGCUCGCAGCUCCGUGCAUCUCAGGGCCCCCCUACCAAUUUCGGGUCUAAUUGUAUUCUCCACCCUGUCCCUUCGUGGCAACCCCUUCCUUUCGCGUCGUCGGUGUUGUACGACGUUGUCGUCCUCGUUCUCACUCUCGUUAAGCUGCGCGGAGACAGGAUCAAAGCGUAUUCUAUCGGCAGUCAGAUUCGAGGCGACAAUGUUCUGUAUUUCGUAAUUGUGACUGCGACCAAUAUUGCUGCAUUGGUUAUCAACAGUCUAGGCCCAGAGCACGACGACAUCAAGCCCGUCGCGCUCCCCUUCCCAACGCUGUUAACCGCAGCCAUGGGAGCUCGUGUAUACAUAAAUCUUCGAAUGUACAACAAGAAGAUCAACGGUGAACUCUCGGGCUCCAUCCCGACACACAGCAGCGGUACAACGAGGUCUGCUGUGGAGGACACCAUCCGCCUGAAGAACAGCAACGGCGUCGACGAGAGCAUCCGCAUCCGCAAGCCCGGUCCCUCCGACGCAAUCCCGCUCGGCUCAAUGAAGAACACAGUGUCUGUGCACCAGCACCAGUCGUCCUUCAGCGAUGGUGACCACUGGCAGGGUCCAACUAAAGUCAACAACGACUACCGGAACAUAAACCGCGACAGCCUGUGA